UGAACACAAAUUCCCCGCAUGAAUUCAAGCGCGGAUUAGAGGUUGGAUUUCAGGUUCCCGAUGGUUGGGUCGUAGGAGGACGCGUGGCAGCUAAGCAUUGUGCAGAGUGAAUCACUGUUCGAACAACUUUAUUUUCUCUGUUUUCCCAAAACUCAGAUCUUGAAUAUCCGGGCGCGCAGGCGACUGGUUGUAAGAUUUGCCCCAAAAUGGCGCAGCAGAUGAUCCUGAGCCAUUUCGCUUCUCCGAAAACUAGUUACACAUUGUACGCAACUAGAACUGGAAAUCGGAAGCCUGUGCACGCCAAUUUGCUGCUCAAAGCGCAGGUGCAGAGCCGUUUGGUGUGCCGCUCGCAGGCCAUCGACACCGGCCUUAGCCUUUCGGACAUCACGCCCAUCCAAUUAACCGCCUCGAAACCGGCCUUGAACUCCGUGGUACUAGACAUACAAGGCAUGAUGUGCGGGAGCUGCGCUGCGCGGGUUCGCAGCCUCCUGGCUGCAGAUUCCCGCGUGGAGUCCGUUGCGGUCAACAUGCUCACUGAAAUGGCGGCUGUCCGUCUCAAGACGGACGCGCUCGAUUCUAGUGCUGUAGCUGAAGAGCUUGCCUGUCGUUUGACGGACUGCGGAUUUCCUUCCAAGAAACGGGAUCCUGGCUCAAAUACUGACAAUUCUGGGAAGAAAUGGGAAGACAUGGCGAAGAACAAGGAGGCGGCAUUGCAGAGGAGCACUACUAAGCUGGCCUUUGCUUGGACUUUAGUGGCAUUGUGCUGCGGCACACACGGUGCUCAUUUCUUGCAUUCCAUUGGCAUUCACGUAACUCACGGUUCAUUAUGGGGAAUCUUAGAGAAUGCAUACGUCAAGGGUGGAACAGCUCUGGCAGCACUCUUAGGUCCAGGCAGAGAUUUACUUAUGGAUGGAUUUAAAGCUUUUAUACAGAGAUCCCCAAAUAUGAACUCACUUGUUGGAUUUGGAGCAAUAUCUGCUUUUAUGAUUAGUGUUGUUUCUUUGGCAUACCCUGAUCUUAAUUGGGAUGCUUCAUUCUUUGAUGAACCGGUCAUGCUACUGGGGUUUGUCUUAUUGGGACGCUCUUUAGAGGAACGUGCAAGGCUUCAAGCUUCAAGUGAUAUGAAUGAACUUCUUUCUCUAGUAUCUUCACAGUCACGUUUGGUAGUUCCUGUGGAUGGUGAUAUGGAAUUGACUGAUGAGGUUCUCCCUAAGGAGGCUGCCUGUUUUGAAGUACCGACCAAUGAAAUUCGAUCUGGAGAUUUUAUUUUGGUUCUUCCUGGCGAGACUAUUCCAGUGGAUGGGAAAGUGGUGGCAGGUAAAAGUGUUGUGGAUGAAUCUAUGCUGACUGGUGAACCUCUUCCUGUACGAAAAGAAUGCGGCCUUACUGUUUCUGCAGGAACUGUCAACUGGGAGGGACCUUUAAGGAUAGAAGUUGCAACAAGUGGAGCCAUGUCAACAAUUUCGAAGAUCAUUCAAAUGGUUGAAGAGGCCCAAGGUCAUGAAGCUCCUGUCCAGAGACUAGCUGAUGCAAUCGCUGGACCUUUUGCAUAUACUGUCAUGGCUCUUUCAGGAGCAACACUUGUAUUCUGGCAUUAUUUUGGGUCAAGCAUUUUCCCUAAUGUGUUGCUUAAUGAUCUUGCUGGACCUGAAGAAAGUUCGCUCCUCCUAAGCUUGAAGCUUGCUAUUAAUGUGCUAGUAGUUGCCUGCCCAUGUGCACUUGGUCUUGCAACUCCCACUGCUGUCCUUGUCGGAACCUCCCUUGGAGCAAAGCGUGGGCUUCUGUUGCGAGGAGGGGAUGUACUUGAACGUUUGGCUGGUGUAGAUAUAGUUGCACUUGAUAAAACAGGAACUCUUACUGAGGGAAAACCUACUGUUGCUGCUGUAAUUGCAUUGCAUUAUGAUGAGGAAACGAUACUAAAAUUUGCUGCUGCAGUUGAGAAAACAACCAAUCAUCCUAUUGCAAAAGCCAUUAUAGAUAAGGCAGAGUCUUUGAAUUUGGACAUUCCUUUUACACGAGGACAACUUACAGAGCCAGGGUUUGGUGCUCUAGCUGAAGUAGAAGGAGCUCUAGUGGCUGUUGGUUCAAUGGAAUGGGUGCAUGGAUGUUUCAAUAAACAAACUGGAACAUUUGAUCAUCAUGAUCUUGAAUAUCGUAUAAGAGAAAUAUUUUUGAAUGAAAAACAGUCUUCUUUGGAGCAAUCAAAGUCAGUGGUUUAUGUUGGGCGAGAAGGAAAAGGUAUCAUAGGAGCGAUUGCUGUAGCUGAUGUUUUGCGUGACGAUGCAGAGGCUACAGUUCUCAGGCUUCAGAAAAUGGGAAUAAAAACAAUUAUAUUGUCAGGAGACAGGGAAGAGGCAGUGGCAAGUGUAGCUGAAAUGGCGGGCAUUAAGAACAGAGAACAUGUUAAUGCAUGCCUUAAGCCCCAUGAAAAAAGCAGUUUUAUAUCAUCGUUGCAAAAGCAGGGGUACUCUAUAGCCAUGGUAGGAGAUGGGAUAAAUGAUGCACCAGCCUUGGCACUUGCUGAUGUUGGAGUGUCUUUACGAUUACAGGCAAGAGAGGAUGCUGCUUCUGAUGCAGCAUCAGUAAUACUCCUUGGAAAUAGACUUUCACAGCUACUAGAGGCUAUAGACCUUUCAAGGGCAACAAUCAACAAAGUCCAUCAAAAUCUGGCUUGGGCGAUUGCAUAUAAUGCAUUUGCAAUACCCCUUGCAGCAGGUGCUUUACUUCCAGCACUUGAUUUUGCAUUGACGCCUUCAAUGGCAGGUGGUAUGAUGGCCUUCAGCUCGGUAUUUGUUGUCACCAACUCCUUGCUUCUACAGUUUCAUCAUAAAGGCAUACCUGAGAACAAUAACCAGAGUUUGGACCUUUUCAGAUACAAAUCCAAAGGGACCCAAGAAAUCACACAAUGACUGAUUCAUUUAUCACGAUUGCAUAGCUUUCUUACAUUUAGAACUUAAUAAUAAUCAUUCAUACCUAAUAGCAUUUGCAUUUCGCUCUGUGUGAACAUAGGUGUCCACAUGCAUUUGUCAAGAUUAGAGGAAGAAACAAAUCCGUCAGUCAGUCAGAUAACUGUUUACAGCACAUAAGUAGCUUUGGAAAGAAAUACAUUUUCCUUCUUGAGAAAGAUGAUAUCCAUAUGCAUAUAAUGUUGUACGAUUGAUUGGUAUAAAGUUCUUAUUUUCUAAAACGUUCAUUCUCCCUACUCUGUGUGUCCUAUAUGGAAUUCAAAUUGAGGAGGGCAAUGUUUCAUCUAUUUUACUACAUGCAUUAAUAAGAUACUGAGAUCGUGAUUAUUA